AAUCAGGCGAAAGGAAUGGCUGUUUCCGGUUUUAUAAGUUGUCGGCUUUUCAAUGGAGGUCUUCAUUGUGCUGUCAACAGUUUUCUAACACACCGAGUUCUUUGUAUCAAAAAUAACAGCGAAAUUUAAUUGUUCAUCUCUCUAAUAGUUGAGAGAUAUUUCUGUUACUUGGAUUUUCCCAAUAUUAGUGUUAAAAUGCCCUCAGCGGCUAGUGUCAAGAUUGACAAGCAAAUUAACCCGGAAAAUGCAUUAGCAGAUUCUUCGCAAAAUUUAACCCCUCUUAGACAAGCUAUAACAAUUAUUGAACACAAAAUUAGGAAUUUGGAGAAGAGGAAGUCAAAAUUAGAAUCAUAUAAAGAUUUACAAAAUGCCGGAAAAGAACUGAACGCCGAUCAAAAGACUGCAGUUGCAAAAUUCAACGAGGUGAUAAGCACAUUAGACUUUGCGAGAGAUUUGUGUAAACAGUUCCUAGGUAUAGCGGUGGCAUCGGAAAAAGAAGCAAAAAAAGUUGCUAAAAAAGAAGCCGCCGCCAAAUACCAAGCAGAAUUAGCGAGGUUGCGGGAAAUUUUGUUGGUCCAAGAUGCUCUCAACCAAAUGGGCAACGAAACAGUUAGAGACGAUUUCUUGAACGGCAGAAACGGCGCUGCUCAAUUAACAGAAACAGAUUUAAAGUUGUUGGAUGAUCUUUAUCCAGCCGUGACGCCUAAACAUGAAGCUGGAAAUCCUACUGCUUUUAUGAACGAAGUACAAGCUGCUGCUGAACAUCUUUUGGCGGCAGUAGAUGGUAAACCUAAAGAAGUAUUUGGUGGUACUUAUAGUCAAAUUAAAGAAACCUUGGGGAAAAUACACGAAAGCGGCUAUUUUGAUCAAGCACAGGUAUAUGAGGAAUAUGUAGAAACCGAGGUGGUUACUGAACCCGAACCUGUAGAAAGUACCAACGAAACUGUGGAGAUUGUACCACCACCUCAACCUCAAGAUAUCCCAAUCGCUAACGUUACACCCAUUGCAGUACCAUUAAUAGAAAGUUUGACGAUAGAAAAUAGAUCAACCGUUCAUCAGCAGAUACCGGUUGAACAACCUCCCCCGAUAGAGCAAGCAUUAACCGCCGAACCGACUAUGUUUUACCAACAAUUACCUCAACAACCGCAACUACAGCCUCCACCAAGACCUAUCAGCGAAAUGUUAGGAACCGGUAGUUUCUACUUCUUACAGGAAUCCGAGAUAGAUCCCCCUGAGCAAAUACCCAGCCAGACGUUCACGAAUCAGAAUUUCAAUAAUCACCCACCGCAUCCGGUCGCCGUACCGCCUCAUUUUGCGACUUUACCCAACAAUUUGACUCCGACCAAUCAUCAAGUUCCUCCACAAAUUCAAAUGAGCAACAACGGUAUUGACGAUACGUUGAGAACAACCGAAGAACCUCUUCAACUGGGUAAAGAUGGAGGCGCGCCACCGCCUAACAGAGGACCGCCUAGGCCUACCAAUAACCAGUCAUUUUACCAAAAUAACGGUUACAAUAGACCGCGACAGCAGAAUCAGAAUAGGAACGCCAGACCGGCGGCCAAUAGGCACGCGUAAUGGUGAUUACCAAAAAGUAUGAUAUGAUAUUAUGUUAUCAUUUUUUUUUCUUCUUCUUUCAACUCGAUAAGUCAAAGUAUGGACGUUUUUCGUUUACGUUGAUUUGAAAAAAAAUCGCGUCUUGUGUUUUUCAGGAAAAUGUUAUUUUGCUAUUUCGAAUAUUAAUGUAAACUAAUUAAAAAUAAAUAUAAGAUUAUAAUAAUAACGUUUUUUGUUCGAUUUGGUCGAUUGUCGCAUUUUUUUUUUGUAAAUUAUAUCAUUCAAAAUGAAUGAAAUUUUUUUUUUUUUCGGAAUUCAAUUUUGCUAAAAUAACGAAAGAAACGAAAUUAGAAACUUUUUUUUUGAAUAGUGAGAAGUGUGACAUUUUUUGGUAAAAUAAUUUGUUGAUUUCAAGAUGCGCAUGUAUCAGAUUUAUUUAAUUUAUUGGUAUAAGCAAAAUUUGACUGCAGUAUAAUUUUUGUCGACGUUACAUUUUUCAUGUUAUUUAAUAACGUUUUCAUCCAUCUCUUUAGUAGCGCGAACACAAGUAACUGACACUCUUAAAGCCCCAAUGUUACCAAUGUUUAAAUGUGAUUUUCCCUUUUAUCUGACUAAUGAUUUCACUUACACUUUAUAUACCGACGGUUAUAAUGUUAUUUCGUUGGUAAACGUACAAUUGCGAAAAUAAUGCCACGUUGCUAGGUUUGUAGAUAACUUCAAAAUUUGACUGCAUUAUAAUUUACUUUUCGACGUCACGUUUUUACGUUAUUUAAUAACGUUUUCCCCCAUCUCUUUACCAACGCAAACACGAGAAAUUCUGACACUUUUGAUGCCACAGUGUUACCAAUGUUUAAAUAUGAUUUCCCCUUUUAUCUGAUUAAUGAUUUGACUUACACUUUUUAUGCCAACGUUUAGAAUGUGAUUUUUUUGAUACACGUGUAAUACUUUCAGUUACAUUCCUAUAUUGGGAUGUGAAUAUUUAACUUCUAGUUUAUGCGAACAUUGGUACACUGUUGCCAAUGUUUGAAAUGUGAUUUUCUGUAAUUUUUUAGUUAGAUCAAUUAUUCUCUUGAUUAUAAUAGAAAAUGAAUGCAACGUCGACUGACUGCAGUUUUUGUCAUUUUACGUUCCGGAAGUAAAAGUUACUAUAUAGAAAUCAAAAACAAACUGUGUUGGUAUUUGAAUUUCGUUUAUUUUUUUCUUGAUACAUUUUCAGUAUAAUUUUAUUGGAUUAGUAUAAUUUUGAUUAAAAAUAAAAAAUAAUCAAUACUUGAA